GACAGCUCUCACCCUUGCUUGCCUCCCUCUCUGCGAACAUCUGGAUUCAGUUACCAGAAGAAGCAUGGACCACAGGAGGAGAACUGCUCCGGGAAUCUUGCGUCUUCAAGUCGUGUUCUUGCUUUUCCAUACAAUUGCUCAGAUCAUGGCAGAACAAGAAGUUGAAAAUCUCUCAGGUCUUUCCACUAACCCUGAAAAAGAUAUAUUUGUGGUGCGGGAAAAUGGGACAACGUGUCUAAUGGCAGAAUUUGCAGCAAAAUUUAUUGUACCUUAUGAUGUGUGGGCCAGCAAUUAUGUCGAUCUGAUCACGGAACAAGCUGAUAUUCCACUUUCCCGGGGGGCUGAAAUGAAGGGCCGAUGUGGGCACAAUGAAUCCGAAUUGCAAGUUUUCUGGGUCGACAAAGCUUAUGCUCUCAAAAUGCUCUUCGUGAAGGAAGGCCACAACACUUCUAAGGGCCUGGAAGCUUCCUGGAGGCUGAGCAAAGUUCAGUUCGUUUAUGAUUCCUCAGAGAGAACGUACUUUAAAGAUGCUGUCAAUCCUGGGAAGCAUACAGUCAGUUCUCAUCACCUAUCUGCCUUAGUCACUCCAGCUGGGAAAUCCUAUGAGUGCCAAGCUCAACAGACCAUCUCCCUCACCUCCAGUGAUCAUCAGAAAACUGUUGCUAUGCUCCUCUCAUCUGUCCACAUCCAGCCCUUUGAUAUUAUCUCUGACUUUGUUUUCAGUGAAGAACAUAAAUGUCCUGUUGAUGAGAGGGAGCAACUGGAAGAAACUUUGCCUCUGAUUUUGGGGCUGAUCUUGGGCCUGGGCAUUGUGAUAACACUCACAAUUUACCACAUACAUCACAAACUGACGGCCAAUCAGGUGCAGAUUCCAAGGGACAGAUCUCAGUACAAACACAUGGGAUAG